AUGUUAGCACAGUCACAUUGUUUCGAACAAUAUAUCAAGUCAGUACCAGAUCAUGGCUCGAUUGUCUAUGGUGAAUAUCUAUCAAAGCUGACUGCAUAUCCACGUGGUAUCAAUCUAGAUAACAAUAAUCCUCUUACAAAUAUUCAACAAUUACCAUAUGAUCUUCAGUUAGAGAGACAUUAUUUUACAGAUUUAACAAUACCAAUGGUUGAACACAAAGAUUCAACAUCAGUCAUGAUGACACCUACUAGAUCUCAACCACCAUACAUUGAACCAAUCAGAAAUAUACAAUCAGUACUUUCAACAGUUACGAAUCAAUUGAAUCAAUGGUUAACCAAAAAAGAUGAAGUUGUAUAUGAUAGUAUAGGAUUCAAUGAUUGUGAUGUUAAAUCGAUUUGUUGGCAUCCAAAACAACGACUACUUGCCAUUUGCAAUAGAAACGACGUGGUUUUGAUCUAUUCUUUCCCAUCCAAUGGUGUCGUAUCACAUGAAUAUAAACCUUUAGCACUUUGGAUGGAAUUUCAAUCCAGUGUCAUUGACAUGCAAUGGAAAACACAUAAUCCUCUCACUUUGGCUGUUUCUUGCAAAAAUGGAAUUAUUUUAUGGGAAAUUGAUUUAAAUGAUUUUAAUAGUUUGGUUGCAAAGAAUAAUAUAAACAAAAUGACUCAACCGUCAAUGACCAAUGCAACUAUAUUAAACUAUCCUUGUUUUAUACCAACAACAAUGAGUUGGCGAUCAGAUGGAUUAUUGUUGGCAUCGGGGUCGAGAUCGUUGAAUUCGAUAGUGGUGUGGGACGUUGCAUCAAGAGUACCGAGCCUUGUGCCACGUUAUGGAGGCAAUGCAGUCGUAUCAUUCUCGCCAAUGGACGAUCUACUCCUCUCGGCCUCAAACGAAAAUACAAGAAUAUUCGAGACUUCCAAAUGGGACUACAACAACAAACAAUGGGCAUUCAACAGUAACUACAUUUCAUCUGGGUGGACUCCUCUUGGCGACUACUUGGCUUUGGCAUCUGGUGACCAAAUCAAUUUUAUUCAAUACAAGAACAAAGCUUUAGAUACUUUCGGAGGCAAUUUAGUUCAUGUAGAGAAAACAACAACUUUUAAAAUUACACAAAAUGGAAAUGAUUAUCAUGUUGGAGGACAUAUAAGACAGAUUGCAAUCAGUCCCGAUGGCACUAGAAUGGCAGUAAUCUUUCUCAAAAAUAGAAGUGAGACUGAUAACGAUAGAUUGAUUGCCAUCUACCGUAUAAAGACUCAUCCAACUCUUAUCAUCACACCAAGAGGUUUCAUCCGUAAACUAGAUCAAUCACUUCAAAGCAUUCAAUUCGUACCAAACUAUUCUAAAGGGUCUUUACUAUCGGCCACAUAUGUCGAUGGUGUGGUUUCUUUCUUUCCUCUGCUCUAUACCACUUCAAAUCAAUCUAGAGAAUAA